AUGAAUACCGUCCCUUAUACCACUCUCCGGCAGCUUGAAGAGUGGUCCAGCAGCCUGGGAACUGCAGUCGACAACUUGCGCCAGUUGGACGCCUUGCAAGUAUUGCCAGGCAACUUGCGGGACGCUGCAUGUAUACCAUCUGUCGCUCAGACAUGCUCGCAGUGGACAACACAUUGGGACAAACCAAUCGAUUCCACCAUGGCACUGGCUCAUCAUCAAGGUCGACAUUUCCACGUCGCGAAUGCAUUCCUCUGCCGCUUCGUCACGGACAGGGCCCGUGGCUCCCGCGGUGCCAGGGCAACACCCAUCGCGGCGUCCUUGAAGGUCGGGUUCCUGCGAGAGGGCCGGCCACUCGCAAUCCCGCUUUGGCCGACAUCCUUUGCUGGCCGCCUCCAUGGCGAGAUUCUCCAAUCAUUGACACGCGCAGAAGUUCUUGUUGAACACUUCAGGCCGGAGCAUCUUGAUGCGCUGGCAUCGGCCCUCGCACAUGCACGCGACUUGCAGGAGUUGACUGUGGGGUGGUGCAAAUACAAGAGACGCGGAUCCAGCACGCCAACCACAGCGGCCACCACCUUCCUGGCAGAUCUGGCCCGCCGUGGGAUCUCCUGGCCCAGGCUGGAAGGGCUUCACAUUCGACAAGUUGGCCUUCCUGUCGAGGUGCUUGCGUCUCUUGUCGCGCUCCAUAGCUCCAUGCUGCGGAGAAUGCUCCUCGGCUGCCACAUAACCGUCGGCCAUAUCAUGGCGCUCGCCAAUAUUCCAGGCCUGUGUCUGCAAGACUUUUCAAUCCCGUGGGGGGGGCAUCCAAGCCGAAUAUGGAGGUUUGAAUGGCCGCGACACCAGGUGGUCCGGUACGGUGUCGACCCCCACACUUUUACCUAUGGAUGGAGUGAGGCCUUCGGGGACACGGCGGAGCCGACGCCGUUUGGGCCUGAGUUCGCAGACUUUGUCGAGAAGCAGACUGAACUUCUUGGUGAUGCAUACGAUGGAAAUGAGCUCGUCAUACCCGAUGACGCGACGUGCAUGGGCGCCAGCGAAGCGGAAGCCGCCAGUAACGCGAAGCGUGCCUGGGAUGACUCCAAGGCUGGACACGUUCUGUUGGAUCUGCUUACUGUCCGACCUGUCUGCCACGAUGCCCAAGGCGUUGUUUACUCUGUUGCCCACCUUGAUUCCGGCCUGGAAGUGUCUUUCGUUGGUCUUGCACUUGUGUUCCUGGCUGCCGAUGUCGCCACGAGGCACUGCGAGGAAUGGCUGCCGCUGUGGCUUCCUUCGCCGAGAUCCUCCCACCUCUCGUCGCCGCCAGUCACUCACUUCCUCCUCACCACCAUGCUCGACGACGGUCGCGUCCCCGCCCGGCUUGCCGCGUCCCUGGCCACGCUCGCCCCCGAGCUCCUGGAUGUCGUUGUCCGAGACCUACCUGUGGACGACUUGAAGACGUUGCGACUCGUCGUCAGUGACGAAUUCCACGACGCCGUCAUCGGCCGAUAUUUUUUUUCGCCGGGUCGUGCUGUCCCCGCUGGAGUUCCAUCGGCGCGGUCUGAUUUACAUUGCGAGCAUGCCUCGCCUGGCAUGCCACGUCCGGAUCCUCGAAUGGCAGGCCUUUCCUACAUGCGUCAGGGGCCUUGGAACUGUGCCUUCAAGGGACGCUUCCAGGGCGUGGUCUGGAAAUACCAUCGUACAUGCUGGCUCAGUCCGUGCAACACGCUGACCGGCCUGAUCGCGGUCCUCAACGCGUCGCGCCCAUGGCUAGACGACGCCCUCGCCAGACUGCCGGGCCUGGACACCAUCGACGUGCAGCCGCCUCCCCUCGACCGUGCCAUCCGCUCCAGCAAAUAUAUUAACCAGUCCGCCGAGCCCCUCCACCCGCCGGGCAGAAUCUUCGCCUCACCCGCCUGCCUCGCACGCGAGUUCCUCUGCCAGGCCUUUGAGGAGUCGCGGCAGCAGUCACCAACAGCUGCAACCAGCCCCGUGGCGAUCCACGUGCGCGACUACCGACCGGAUGGCAUCGACGAUGUAGAUCAGGGCACCGGCCAGUCCUUGUACGGCACGCCCCGUGCCGAGUGCUUGCGGUCCCUGACCGUCGUGCGGCUGGCCCUGGAUCAGCUGAUGAUCAAUCACCUGCCGACAGUCAUCUCAGCUCUGGCAGAAGCCACCGGGCUCAAGAAGCUCGACGUCAGGCCCCGGUCAAGAGACGGCUACAAAUUCUACUGCGACCCAACAUUUGGCGUACCUCCUCCUGCCUCGCUGCUUAGUGUUCCGUUCCUCGAGCACUUCCUUGCUCGCCAGGAGCUCGUCUGGCCACAGCUCGAGUCGCUUGUGCUGGCUGCAAUCCAGGUCCGCGUCGAUGCAUUCCGUCACUUUGUCACCUUGCAUGCUGGGACGCUGCGCGAACUGUAUAUGAGCUCCAGUCGUCCCUCCCCUGCUACAGUUGCCCACAUCCAGGCCCUCGCCACCGUCCCGGGCCUGCGGCUAGAAAGGUUCGAGGUCAAGACACCCGAGCCUGCCCUCACUGUCAAAGAGCGGGCAAUGCUCAACUACCUCGAGAAUCCCCGUUGUGCCAGCAACGUCAUCGGGAUCAGAUUGUCCAAAAUCAAGCAGACCGAUAGGGUUGCCGUUAGCGUCCAGAAGCCGGCUAACUCUGGCUGGCGGACGAUGGACUGGUGGAAAGACACCGAAGAGAUCCUUCUCGAGGUCAGGCCUCAUCUGACAUCGUACCGCUUCAGCACGGCCAAGAGAUACGAGCGUACUUGGAGAUGGGUACGGCCGCUUCCAGGCGACAUGGUCUGGUACUGGCCAGUUGGAGACGACGAGGAGCCCGGCGAGCCGACGGGCGAAUGGACGUUCCGUCGAGCAGGAGACUCCGAGAGCUCAGCACAGACUGGGGAUGACCCGCACUCGAUUUGGCACGACUGGGACGAGGCCAAGGGAGACGUCGCCGAGCCACGGCCCUUUUCGCACGAGCUGAGUGUCUUUAUGGUGCACAGGGCGAGCUGCACGGGAGAUGUGCUCAAAGAAGGCGAGAUGGCGCUGCUCCCCAGCGAUGCGCGCAUGUUCGAUUGGGAAGACAUGCAACAUAUAAUGGGUCAGGACUGGGUUCGGGGGCCGUAACCAGUCGGCAGCAUGUACUCAAACCAGCAUGGGUUUCUGGGGCAGCUUGGUGUGAAGAUGUAUCGUGCUGC